CCCGCCCCGGGUCCUGGGAAAAAUUCUCUUCCAUGAAACCGGUCCCUGUUGCCAAAAAGGUUGGGGACCGCUGCUGUACAGGAUCCCCACUGGGACAAACUUCUAAACAACAAAACUUGAAAGAUACUGGAUAGGAUACAACAGCGGCCUUUGGAAAUAAUAUACCUGAGUCAUCGAUCCAUACAUGAACCAUACAUGAACCUGUCCCCUUAUCCCAUGACUGUUAAGUUGAUUCAAGAGCCUUGGAGAACUUUGUCAAAAGCUUUUUGGAAGUCCAAGUAUACUAUGUCACCUUUAUCCUCAAGCCUGUUGACACUCCCAAAGAACUCCAAAAGGCUUUUGGCAGACAAGUGGGAAUGGAGUGAGAAGCAAUUGCCAGGAAACAUCCAAUAAGGGGGAACCCUGUGGGAUGCCUCCGGGAGGAGUGAGAGAGAACUUUUCAGAAGAUGUGGAACUGGAGAAGACCUCCGAAAACCAUAGCUGGCCAAAGAGAGAGCAGAGAAAUGAACCCAAGAACAGUGCAGGCAAAUUUGAUUCUUCUGGAACAGACAAGAAAACCCUUGAUGAAGCUGCCCUUCCGCCUCUCUCCAUAAUUGGCAAACCCUUGAAAUGGAGUGUGGGCCUUUUUAAACAGGGAAAAAACAGUGACGGGGAGAUGACAUAUCAAUGCACCGAGUGUGGCGAAAAUUUCAGUCAGAAGAAACAUCUGGUUGUGCAUCGGAGAACCCACACGGGGAAUGUCCUCUACGACUGCUCGGCCUGUGAGAAAAGCUUCGUUUGGAUGUCGGACCUGACUCGACAUCAGAGAAUCCAUACUGGGGAGAAGCCAUACAUGUGUUCACUGUGCGGCAAUGGGUACAGCUCACGCUCCAGCCUCAUUCAUCACAGCAGAAUCCAUGCAGGAGAGAAGCCGUUUCAGUGCCCGGAUUGCGGGAAAGGAUUUGUUUGCAAGUCGCACCUUACUAGACAUCAGAGAGUCCACCUUGAUCGGAAAUCGUACGCCUGUUCCGAAUGUGGCAAAAGCUUCUGCCAGAUCUCGCUUCUUAUGCUCCACAAGCGAAUUCAUCACACCAAAGAAAAUCCUGCAGAGAUCAGACUUUCAGCUUGAAUCGCUCUUUUGUAUUCUUAACUGUUUGCACGCUUCUUUGGGCGGCUUCUCAUGACUGCCGGCAAGACAGUAAAUUGGGAACAUGUAGGUAAAAUAUCAGGAAGCGAGAGCAUGCACUCUCAAUGGGUGUGUCAUGUUGAAGUUGCCACAUUACAUUACUGGCAUUUUACCAACUCGGUCAAGCCAACAUCAAUUCCUGGUUACAGAAGUCAGCGUGAAGUUGGUGAAGUGCUGGUAGUUCUGAAAAACGGGCUUAGGUGGCUUCACAUGACAAGCCAUUUGACAGCAUGUGCUCCUGGUUCUCAAUAAUUUACCUCCCUGUUCCUGACGUACUGCCUUGCUGGUGAUCAUGAGAUGCCACCCUUCUCCCUUCUUCUCUGUAAGAAGGAAGAACCUCUGUAGGACAUUGUGUGCUGUGAUUUGACGUGUAGAUCCUUUAGGCCAUCCUUGAAAUUUGCACCGUCUGCUUCUAAGGACAGGGACCUGUCUUUCCAUGCUACUUUAAGAAGCUCUGUCAACUACUGUAUACAUUGAUAGUGUUGUAAAAAUCCGAACUGGGCUGUGGAUCUUAAGAAAUUCACUGCAUCUA